AUGUCUUAUAUGUUAGCGCAUUUGUUUAAUGGCUGGCAAGUCGAUCAGGCAAUUCUCUCGGAGGAAGAUAGGGUGGUUGUUAUUCGUUUUGGUCACGAUUGGGAUCCUACAUGCAUGAAAAUGGAUGAAGUUUUGUAUAAUAUUGCUGAAAAAGUGAAGAACUUUGCUGUUAUAUAUUUAGUAGACAUCACCAAAGUACCAGAUUUUAAUAAAAUGUAUGAAUUAUACGAUCCAUGCACAGUUAUGUUUUUCUUCCGUAACAAACAUAUUAUGAUUGAUUUGGGUACCGGAAAUAACAAUAAAAUUAAUUGGGCACUUGAAGACAAACAAGAAAUGAUAGAUAUUGUUGAAACAGUAUAUAGAGGUGCCAGAAAAGGACGUGGUUUAGUUGUUUCUCCUAAAGAUUACUCUACAAAAUACCGUUACUAA